GCUUGGAAAGACCCCCCAGGACAAAUGACAUUCACGGCCCACCGGCUCUUUUUGUUUACCCGACGGCUUUUCUGUCACAACUGACGGAUGUAUUCAGGCGUUAGCCGAUAUUGUUCAGCGGUACCCUACGGGAUCAGGGUGCGAUGGUACGCGGCAAGAGCGGCACGCGCUCCAUCCCAUUUGCAGACAUUCCUGGCUCAAUCGACUGAUAAGGAUCAACUUUCCACGACUUUCCGCGGCAAAAUGUUUGAGCUACAAACUCUGGAAGCCCUUUCUGACAUUGGCAUGGAAUUACAGCAUGUAGGCGGUCGAAGCGAUGGCGGGGUGGAUCUUCGAGGCAUUUGGCCUCUGGAGCGAGUCAAGCCUAAUGUCAUUGUGCAAUGUAAAAAUACCAAAAUGGGCUGCACCCCUGACCAUUUACGCUCACUGAUCGGAGCCAUGGCGGAGCAUCGCAAUAACGCCAUUGGUGUGCUCGCUACAGUUCAUCAUCGUCACUUUACUCGUGAUGUCAUUUCUUUAUUUACCAGUAGUGGUACACCCCUUGCUUUGGCGCGGAUCGAAAACACACAGCUAGAAUCGUUCGUCUUCAACGACGCCGCUGAGCAGUUGCUGCAGCAACUCGUCAUCACCAAGCGUUUCGAUGCUUACGGCAACUCCAAAACGGUAGUCAUGUUUCCCAAAUGAGCGCAUUUUUGUAAUGCAUCCCAUCGUUCAGCAUACCCUUUUUUCAAUCCAAUCAUUUAUUUGCAUCCAAACCCCCUUGUUCAUCUCCAUUGUGUAUAGCCCAUAUUUCGACUAUAAAUGCAUAAUACAUCACUACGGGAUCCUUU